AGCUAUAAUAACUUCCCUCCCUAUGACAGGUCUAUUUAGAACUUUACCGCCACAACCCCAGGCAGCUUGGCUAAAAUACCUGCUGUGGCUGAGCACAAGAAACGUCAGCGGUAAAAGCUCAGAAGAGAAAAUAACCGUCCACUUUGUAAACCGUGAUGGGGAGACCUUGACAGCCAAAGGGAAAGUCGGUGACUCUCUACUAGACGUUGUGGUUGAAAAUAACCUAGAUAUCGAUGGCUUUGGUGCGUGUGAGGGAACCUUGGCCUGCUCCACCUGCCACCUCAUCUUUGAGGACCACAUAUUUGAGAAGUUAGAUGCAGUCACUGAUGAGGAGAGUGACAUGCUCGAUCUGGCAUACGGCCUAACAGAUAGAUCUCGGUUGGGCUGCCAAAUCUGUUUGACAAAGUCUAUGGACAAUAUGACUGUUCGAGUGCCUGAUGUGGUGGCCGAUGCCAGACAGUCCGUUGAUGUGGGCAAGAACUCCUAAGCUAGAAUAAAUUGGAAUAUUUUCACAAACGUUUACCUAUUUUUAUAGUUUUUAUUUCUUAAUGUAAUGAAAUGAGACCAUGGAUGAAGGGGUUCAUUAUGAUGACAAGCUUUACUACUUUAAUUGACCUCACAUAACUACUGUAUUUUGUAGUGCCAAAAGUACACGAUCCUUAUGUUAAGUUGUAAAAAGCAAAUAAAAUAUUAGAAAAUAGUUAAUAUUAUAAAACUUUACAUAUUUUACCUUAUGUCUGUUUAGCAACUUUAGCAAGAUGUUUUCACACAAAUUUUAUCCCUAAUUAUUUGUAAGUUAGGUUAAGAAACGUUAUUUUCCCUGUUAGUAAAAACAGCUCUUAGAUGGCUAAUCUAGGGCCAUCGAUUAGAAGGUAUGUCCUAGCACCCACAUCGUCUUACCCAACUUAUUUCAGAUUGAAACCAGAGAAGUUAUGGCAGUAAUUAAGUGGACAAAACUAAUUGCUCAGUAAACUGCUUCAUUUCAAAGAUAACUAGUUAUUGCCUUAUAAAUAAAUAUUUCAGAAUUUUGGUUCAGUGAGAAGUAUCUGGACUUCCUCACAGCGUGUGCUGUUUCUGAGAGCUGGUGUCCCGAGAGCGAGCUUCGGUGCCAGAGAGAAGCCGCGUCCCUUCAGUGACCCGGUCGUGGAAGUCACACAGCAUUGCCUCUGCCUGUUCUCUCGUUAGAGGUGCGGCUCUGAGUCUGGCCCUCCCUCCACGAGAACCGUGUCCGAGGAUCUGCGGACCCACUUUAAAGCCCCUACAGUAACUAUGAUUUCCAGGUUCGCCUACAGGCAGGCACAUUAUUGCCUCGGAAAAUUGUCCCUUUAACUAACGAUGUCCUAAACUUUUCCAGAAGGGCUGGAUUUGUUCUUAUGCUGCAUUUUGAAAGACUCUUGUGUCUUCCUUUUUAUGAUGGUUCGUUGGUUUUAUUCUGUAACUCCCAGCAGUGUUCUUCUUGACAGUUGGUUAAAAUCCGAGGGAAUAAUGGUGGGUUCUUUUUCAAAGCUGUAUAAUUUUAGUUUACGUUUCUCUGCAUUUUGCCAUCAAGAAAGGCAGCCUCCUUUGGUGUAAUAGUCUAUAUAAUUGUUGGUUACAUGCUAAUACUUAAUAUUGUAUUUGCUUUUCACAAAUAAAACCAACCUGUAAUUAUGUAAGUAACUCAAAA